AUGCAUGAAGAAUUGAAGCAACAGGAUCAUUCAUUUAUUUCAACUAAGAAUGUUCAACGUUCUUAUGUAACGAAAAAACAUCAGAAAUGCGCUACAUCUGACAAUGUUAGUUCGCAAUGUUUUAUUGAACCCUCAUUAGUUGUCCCAACUGGUAUAAGACGUCGUGGUCCUAAAAAGAAGCCAGAUUCACAAGAACGUGUCGUUAGAAUGAAAAUGAGACGAGCUAGAGCUAAUGCACGUGAACGUAGCCGAAUGCAUGGAUUAAAUUCAGCAUUAGAUGCCUUAAGACAACACAUACCAUCUGCUUUAAUCGGUGGAUAUAUUUCCUUUGAUCUUGAUAAAAAAGAUGACACAACUAUCUGUACUACUCAUACCAAUCAAAAACAAAAUGAAAGUAAUAAAUUAUUCUCGAAAAAUCAUCAAACCAACAAUCCAAUAGAUCAAAUAAACAACAAUAAUAAUGUGAAUAAUUUUCAUCAAUUUGGUCAAAAAUUAAGUAAAAUUGAAACGCUUCGUUUAGCUUGUAAUUACAUUGGUCUUUUAGCUUCAAUAUUAAAUGAUAUACACUUUGAAUCGAUAACAGAUAUUAUAAAAUAUUUAUGUCAUGGUUUGUCACAGAUAACGACUAAUCAGAUUGCAGCUGCUUUACAAAGUGAUCCUUCUAGAUUAAUGAAGCAUCAUGUAUCUGAUAGUAAUGAAAAUAAGUUACCAUAUGAUCAUUCUUACAAAUCGUCAUCAUCUACUUCAUCAUCACCAAUUGAUGAUGAUGAUGAUGUUAAUCAUACAAAAAAAAUUCAACAAAAUGUUAUAAGGUCAAAUUUAUUACAAAAUAAAUUGACCGAUGAACAAUUAAUGAACCAUUUAGAUUAUUAUUAUUAUUCAAAUAAUGUUUCAUUGACCAUACCAACUAAUCAGUCUACAUCAAUUUCAAAUGUUAGUCAACCUGUAGGAAAUUGUUCAUCAAAUUGUACAGAAUUAUUAAAAUCUCAAAUGAUCUAUUAA